AUGGCAACUAUGGACCGACGUCUCCUGAAAGCAGCCACAUCCGGCGACGCUGCAUCACUGAAACAACUGGCAUCUCAUGACCCGGGCGUGCUGCUUGGGACAACUCCACCGGGCAACACCUGCCUCCACAUCUCGUCCAUCCAGGGCCACGAGGAACUCUGCGAGAGCAUCCUGGCGCUUGACCAAUCCCCGGCGCUCCACUCCGCCGUCAACAAGGACGGCGAGACGCCGCUGCUUGCCGCCGUGGCAAGGGGCCGUGCGUCUCUAGCCUCUGCUCUGCUCAGGCGCUGCCGUGAGCGGCAGCUGUGCGAGGCGAUCCUGAGGCAAGACAGGCACGGGUGCAACGCGCUGCACCACGCCGUCCGCAGGGGACACACGAAGCUGGCGCUCGAGCUGGUCGAAGUGGAGCCUGUCUUGUCGAGAGCCGUCAACGGGCGUAGCGAGUCACCUCUGUUCAUCGCGGCGAUGAGAAACUUCACGGAGGUGGCGGAUAGACUGCUGGAGGUUCCUGAUUCGGCUCACUCUGGAGCUUUCGGCUUCAAUGUUCUCCAUGCUGCUGUCAGAAGUGGAAAUCUAGCUAUCGCUAAAAAGGUUAUGGAGACACGUCCGUGGCUAGCCACAGAGGAGAACGAGAAUAGGCACACUCCAGUGCACCUGGCUGCAUCUGACGGCGAGAUUAACGCGCUAGCAGUAUUGCUGGAGCAUGAUCCGUCUUUGGGGUACCUAACAUCCACAGACGGUGACACUCUUCUCUGUGUCGCAGCAUCUCAGGGCCAUGGUGGUGUUGCUCGAGGGCUUCUUGAACACUGUCCAGAUGCUCCCUACUGCGAUCCAAGCAGCUCGACAUGUCUUCACAUUGCCGUGUUGUGUGGACAUACAGAGUUUGUAAGAUCUAUCCUGGGGUUACAGCAGCUUGGCCACCUGAUUAGCAUGCUAAAUGGAAGCGGAGAAACUGCUCUGCAUCUCGCUGUCAGAAACUGCAAGCCGGACAUGGUUGCUGCUUUACAGCUUCACGAGGACAUAGACGUAACGGUGCUUAACAGCGCCGGUGACCCGGCAAGCCGGGUGUUGCCUGAUGCCGCCAAUCACACCGAGGCUUUAAUCUCGACGACGGCACACCAAACAGCUACGGCCGCCGUUAAUUCGACAGGAGCUGCCAUAACCACACCCUCCAAUGGAGCAACUAUGAUGAAUUCAUCAUCAGGAGCUCCCACGACUCCACCACCAUCAGUAUCAUUGGCAAUCCACCAACGUCUCCUGGGCGCAGUCGUGUGCGGCAACUCCGCGGAAAUGAAGCACAUGGCCCUGCAGACCCCGGGGGUGCUGCUGGGAACAACUCCUCAGGGGAACACCUGCCUCCACAUCGCCUGCAUCCAUGGCCACGAGAGGUUCUGCAGGGACGUCCUGGCGCUGACGACCAACCAGCAGUCUCUGGCCCCGGCGGCGCCUCUUCUCGGCGCCGUCAAUGCCGAUGGCGAGACGCCGCUGCUCGCCGCCGUGGCCAGCGGCCACGUCUCCCUGGCCUCGUUCAUCCUCGGGCGCUGCCGUGACGAGCGGCUGAGCGAGGCGAUACAGACGCAGGACAAGCGCGGGUUCAACGCGCUGCACCACGCCAUCCGCAGCGGGCACCGGAAGCUCGCCCUCCAGCUGAUCGACGCGGAGCCCGGCUUGUCGAAAGCUGUGAACAAGUACGACGAGUCGCCCAUGUUCAUCGCGGUGAUGAGGAACUACGCGGAGGUCUCCGAGAAACUGCUGGAGAUCCCUGAUUCUGCUCACGGGGGAGCGUAUGGCUACAAUGCUCUGCAUGCUGCCGUCAGAAGUGGCAAUCCAGUUGUCGCGAAAAGGAUCAUGGAGACACGUCCCGGGCUGGCCAGAGAAGAAGACGAGCACAAGACGACUCCAAUGCACAUGUCUGUGCACUGGGACAAGAUUGACGUGCUGAGAGUGCUGCUGGAGCAUGAUUGGUCCCUAGGGUACCUGCGAGUCGAGGAUACGUUGGUGCUGCCCGAGAGCUUCUCAAGCAUUGCCCAGAUGCUCCCUACGCCCAUGCAGAUGGCACAACGACAUGCCUUCACCAAGCCGUUCAGGGUGGUCCGAGAGUGCAAUCCCAAGAUAGUCAAAGCUUUGCUGCAACACCCGGACACCGACGUCACAGUGCUCAACGACUCGGGUAACCCGGCUACCUGGGUACUAUCUACCGACCACGCCAAGACUUUAAACUGGAAUGAAGUCUUCAUGCUUAUGCUGAAAGCUGAUCCUGAAGCAGCAAAUGAUACUUAUAACCUUCAUAAGCAAAUCAAGGAUCGAGUAACUUCUGAAUCAAGGAAGGAUAUAAAGACAUUGACUCAGACAUAUACAAGCAACACUUCUUUAGUGGCAAUCCUCAUUGCAACAUUCACCUUUGCUGCUGCUUUCACCUUGCCUGGAGGAUAUAGCAAUGAUGCUGCAAGUGAGGGGCUAUCCAUCAUGGCAAGAAAGAUUGCAUUCCAGGCAUUCUUGAUCUCUGAUUCCUUGGCAAUGUUCUCCUCGCUGGCUGUUGCUUUCAUAUCCAUAAUAGCAAGAUGGGAGGACUUUGAGUUUUUGCUUCAUUACAGAUCCUUUACUAAGAAACUUAUGUGGGUUGGCUACAUAGCAACCACCACAGCAUUUGCAACUGGUCUAUACACAGUUUUAGCCCCUCGCCUCCUAUGGUUGGCUAUAACAAUUUGCCUUAUGUCGGUUCUACUGCCCGUUCUUACGAAGCUACUAGGUGACUGGCCUGUCUUGAAGCUUAGAAUUCAUCUGGGCAAAACAUUCAAGUCAGAGCUCCUUGAUAUGGUCUGA